AUGGCCACCAAGCUUCGCAUCCUUUGCCUACACGGCUUCACAUCAAACGGCACCGUUCACGCCCAUCAAGUCAGACGGAUAACCUCAUUACUUCCAGAAUAUGAGUUUCUAUUCCCAGAUGGUCCUCACAAAGUAGAUAUAGCGUCACAGAUGGACCUCUCAAGACCCGGAAACCAAGCCUGGUCAGAUCUGGUCACAUCACUAUCUUCAUCCGGUCAUCGAGCAUGGUGGUAUGCCCGGGAUGGCAACAUGAUCAACAAGGAGACAGGCGGCUUCUACGGUCUGGAAGAAUCGCUUGCCUCCAUUGGGGAGCUCUUACGGGAAACAGGACCGGUUCAUGCGAUUUGGGGAUUCUCCCAGGGAGCUUGCUUUGCCGGGAUGCUGUGUGCUUUAUUCCAGGACCGUCUCGCCGAUCAUCCUUUGAGGCAGCAUCUAGGUGCUGGGGCAGAGGUCAUCGUCCCAAAAGCUGGCAUCAUCUUCUCGGGCUUCAGGGCGCGGUUUGAGCAGUACAAUUCGUUGUACGAGACUGCUGGAAUAGAGAUUCCCACGCUGCAUGUCAUGGGAGAGAAGGAUGAGGCUGUACGUGGGGAGAGGAGUCAGCAGUUGAUUGAAGUUUGCUCUAACAUGGAAACGCUGACCCAUCCUGGUGGACACGACAUUCCCAAAUCUGUGGACGAUCAGAGAAGAAUAGCUCAAUUUUUGAGGAAGCAUGUAGGAGAGCAAGGAUCAGGCGACAAGAUUCAAGCCUCGAUGUAG